AUGCUCAUCGAGGUUAUCAAACGUACUCUCGCGCAGCUCAACGCAGCAAAACAUGUUAACCCAGAAGCACAAAACGAAACCCCACUUUGGGCUCACUGGAGGAUGGCUCACCUUCUGGAUCACGGCGGAGUCGUCGUCACAGAGGACUUCUUAGCCGUCCAUGACCUUGUCGGGCCAACCAAGACGAAAACCUUGUCGACCGUUACAGCUAUCUACGAUGUCGGCUGCUUUCUCGGCUCCAUUCUAGCUUUCAUCGUGUCCGAACGGCUCGGUCGGAAGAAGUCCAUUCUUCUGGGAACAACCAUAAUGGCAGUCGGCACUAUCCUUCAAGCCAGUUCUUACAGCUUGGCGCAGAUGUUCGUCGGCCGAGUGAUCCUGGGUAUCGGCAACGGAAUCAACACCUCUACAGCGCCGGUAUGGCAAACCGAAACUGCCACCGUCAAAUGGCGAGGAAAGCUGGUCAUCCUGGAAAUGGCACUCAAUGUCUCUGGCUUUGCCCUCGUCAAUUGGAUCAAUUACGGGCUUUCUUUCAAAGGUGGUGCGCUCGCAUGGAGGCUGCCUAUCGCACUCCAAUUUUUCUUCAUCUUCGUCCUCUACGCAACUGUACCAUGGCUUCCUGAGUCUCCAAGAUGGCUUCUCUCGCACGGGCACAGUGAGCAAGCCCUCGAUGUAAUCUCCCGCAUCGAGGCCAAGCCAGCCGAUGAUCCGUAUAUCAUCACGCAGUACAACGAGAUCGAAUACAGUAUUAACUACGAGCGCGAAAAUGCCGUCUCCUGGACUGAUUUAUUACUACGCCGCCAAAAGACAAAUGACACUAAGACGCUGCGGCGGAUCCUUCUCGGUGCGGGAACUCAGGCUCUACAGCAAUUCCAGGGGAUCAACAUCAUGUCGUACUACCUCCCUCUAGUGCUCAUCAACUCAGUCGGCUUGUCAAAUAGCAUGUCGCGGCUCCUCAGUGCCUGCAACGCGACAUCCUACUUUGUGUUCGCCUGUGUAGCAGUCAUCAUGGUUGAACGUUUCGGUCGAAGGGGCCUAAUGCUGAUGUCGACCUUUGGCCAGUUUGCGUGUUUCCUAAUCAUCACUAUUCUCCUUCGAUUUGCGGAGAACGACCCAAAGUACGGUACUGCUUCAGUGGCAUUCUUCUUUCUAUAUUACAUUGCUUUUGGAAUCGGCAUGCUGGGUGUUCCGUGGUUGUACCCAACAGAGAUCAAUUCUCUUCCUAUGCGGACAAAGGGUGCGGCUGUCUCGUCUGCGACGAACUGGAUCACGAAUUUUGUCAUUGUCGAAAUCACACCUAUCGGGAUACAGAACAUCGGGUGGAAAUUCUGGAUCGUGUGGACAAUCACCAACGCGCUUUCUCUUCCGAUUAUAUACUACCUGUACCCGGAGACCGCAAACCGAACUCUGGAGGACCUCGACGCAUACUACCGUUCAAAUCCCCCACUGAUUGUAACGGGAGACCCGGAUGCAAUCUCAACCGGCCGGCCAUUGAAGUAUAUCCAGCACGAGGAUGAGGAACUACAGCGACAGAUGAAGCAAAGGCAAGCGACGGGGGACGAGAUCAAGAUUGGCUCGGCUACUGUGCAGCAUGUGGGAUGA